UGAUAUGACAGCUAUCUUUGCGAAAAUUCUUCAUAUUUUUCCAGAACAUCAGCAAAAUUCCUAACUACGUGUACGUUUUUCCGGACAUUUGCCUUGGAUUACGCCGAAAUUGAAACCUAAAUUGUAUAUCCAAUUCUUAGUAGUGCGGAUAAACAGUAGUCCGAAUUAGUGGUGUAUUUUUCUAGGCAGUGAAACGGACAAAUCUAUACCGUAAUCGUCUGCAUUGGUGGGCGGUGGAAAAGUAUACCAUGAUAAGCCCUGAUAAUGUGGAACUUUCGCUACGCAACCUAUCGCUGGACAAUACCAGCAACUGCAGCGGAUCCGACAAUGAAGAGAGCAAGAUCCUCAAAUGGAAUCUGCCGCUGAAGGAUCUCUAUCGGCUUGCAUGUAAUUUCUAUAAAGAAAAAUCUGGUAAAGCGAUACACCUGAGUUAUGAAGACAACCUGAAGUUGGUUGCAUUCACACAGCAGGCUGCUCACGGUCCGUUGGAUCCAGCCAAAGCUCCACCGCUGGGCAUGUUUGAUGUGAUUGGUAAGGAUCGACGGAUUGCAUGGCAACACUUGGGCACCAUCACUAAACUACAGGCAAUGGAAGGUUUUAUCGAUCUGCUGGAUCGGUUGUGUCCACUGUUCAAACCGACCGUCGAGGCUAUCAAGAAGGAUCGCGAGGAGAAGGUACGUCAGGCUCAGGCAGAGGAAGCACACCGACGAGAGCAGCUUGAGAAGGAAAAGGAGAAACUCGUUGAACUGAAGCGGAUCGAAGACGAACGAAAUCGAGAGGAAAUUCAACGACGGCAGUUGCAGGAUGCUUUGAAUCAGCAGACUUACCAUCAGUUUAAGGAGUAUGCCGAGAAGCAGUUCCCUGGCAAUCCGGAGCAACAGGCAGUGCUGAUCAGGCAACUGCAGAACGAACAUUAUCAUCAGUAUAUGCAGCAGUUGCAGGCACAGGUCGCUAGUAAUUAUUCUCAGUUAAGAGCAACCGGUGACAACGAGGUGGAUUUCUCCGGAAAUCAGCUGCUGGACCAGAAUGCUAGUAGCAAAGAAGUGGGCCAGCUGGAAUACAAAGAGCAAUGCGAUAGUGAUGAAGAGUCGGGUGAAUAUGCCGUAAUAAAUCCUGCCAACAUGUGGACUAAACCGGACGUGAAGCUGUUCAAGCAGGAGGUGACCUCUGGUAAAGGCGAUGGGGUGAUUCGUGUUGGUCACGGGGAUAUAAUUACGGUUCGAGUUCCAACGCACGAAGGUGGCUCUUGCCUGUUCUGGGAAUUUGCUACCGAUAACUACGACAUCGGUUUCGGUGUCUAUUUCGAGUGGGGCAAACCGGUAACCACGGAAGUGUCGGUUCACGUCAGUGAAAGUGACGAAGACGAUGACACGCUAGAGGAUGAUGAAGCAGUUUGCGCCGACGAUUUAGAAUGCGGUGGUCAACAGCAGCACAAACAAUACAACAACACCAGCAGUAGCAGUCCACUGGCCAAUUCGAACCCGAUUUCUAUCAUCGUUCCCAUCUAUCGACGCGAGUGUCAGACAGAAGUAUACGCCGGUUCGCACAGUUACCCUGGGGAGGGUACCUAUCUACUCAAAUUCGAUAACAGUUACAGUCUGUGGCGUUCGAAGACGCUGUAUUAUAAGGUUUUCUAUACGCGAUAAUUUACUCGUUUUUACUCGGUUCCAUGAUGAGAAGCACGUUCCUUCAUUGAUUUUGUCACAUUUCAGCGUUCAGUUUUAUUCCUCUACGACAUAUUUUCGUAUCAAACAAGCUAGCAGUACCUUGAAAACUUUUGCACAACUGUGACCUAGCUAAACUAAAAAUUUAGAUAAAUUAUAUUGCCGCUAAGCAGUUGUUUGUUAGUUCAAUAGAUUUUACUACUAGUUCAUCUUGUCUCUAUUUUACUAGAUAUACUACGUUACGGACAAAGAGGUAAAAACGAAACAAUCUUUUAAUGAGGGCAUUCAUUGAGCGUAGAGCGCGAUAGAAUAAAGUACACACCCGUCUAUUAUUAGUAGAUGUACCGUUGUUUCGUCAUGUAAACAAGCAAAAAUUCGUCAAAAACACACAAAAAACGCAGUGCAAUAGCAGACUAACGAUAUUUCUGUGUCACCGAAACAGAGGUGAAAUUAAUGUUUCGAAAUAAAUUUGCUGUGAAUUACGGAGGACACAUAAAACUUGGUGAAUUCUAAUAAAAAGGUGUCAAACAUU